AUGGCUGCCCUGCAGAAAUCUGUGAGCUCUUCCCUUGUGGGGACCUUGGCUGCCAGCUGCCUCCUUCUCAUUGCUUUGGCAGUGCAGGGCGGAGCAGCGGUGCCCAUCAAUGACCACUGUGGGCUCCACAAGUCCAGCUUCCAGGGGCCGUUCAUCAUCAACCGCACCUUCCUACUGGCUGAGGAGGCCAGCUUUGCAGAUAACAACACAGACGUCCGUCUCAUUGAUGACAGACUCUACCAAGGAGUCAGUAUGAAAGAGCGCUGCUAUGUGAUGAAGCAAGUGCUGAACUUCACCCUGGAAGAAGUGCUGCUCCCCAACUCAGACAGAGCCCUCCCCUACCUUCAAGACGUGGUGUCCUUCCUGGAAGGUCUCAACAACAAUCUCAGACUCUGUCAUAUCAAGGGUGACGACCGGCAUAUCCAGAAGAAUGUGCAAAACCUGAAGGACACAGUGGAAAAGCUUGGAGAGAGCGGAGUGAUCAAAGUAAUUGGAGAACUGAAUUUGCUAUUUUUCUAUUUGAAAAAUGCCUGCGUCUGAUGGAGUAAAAUUUGAAAAUGAAUAGCUUGCCUGCUAAAAAUAACAAUAAGAUUUCUAAAGGAACUUUUUUACUAAAAGGAAAAUGGGAAGCCAAAUUCUACCAUUGUUGGUGAAUUCCACAUGAAACCCUACUUAGCUCAAAAGAAAUAUCAACCAUUUUUUUUUGUCAGAAGACCAGAGGUAGACC